AGGAGGGGGGUUGUUUGUUAUCACUUCCGGGCGAGUGGUCGGACUGUGUCUGAGGAGGUUGCAUCGCCGGUGGAGGAGAAGUUCAGUUACAUCCAUGCUCCGUCCGGGAAGGAUGGAGGAGUCGGUCGUGGAGGCGGAGGUGCAGCAGGAGGAGCCGUGGUACGACCAGCGGGACCUGGAGCAAGACCUGCACUUGGCAGCAGAGCUGGGAAAGACUCUCCUCGAGCGCAACAAAGAAUUGGAGGAAUCUCUUCAACAGAUGUACGGCAACAAUGAUGAACAAGUGCAAGAGAUAGAGUACCUCUCCAAGCAGCUGGAAAUGCUGCGGGAGGUGAAUGAGCAGCACGCAAAGGUGUACGAGCAGCUGGACGUGACGGCCAGAGAGCUGGAAAUCACCAACGAGAAGCUGGUGCUGGAGAGCAAAGCCUCUCAGCAGAAGAUAGACAGGCUGACGGGCACCAUGGAGAGCCUGCAGGGUCAGGUGGACAGCCUCACAGCUCGUCUGGAGGAGCUGAGGACUCUGGAGGAGCUGAGGCUGCGGAGAGAGAAGAACGAACGCUGCAAGACCGUCCACUCCUUCCCCUGCCUGAAGGGGCUCUGCACGUCUCCCAGGUAUGAGGACGGGUUCCUGCUGGCCAAUCCGGGUAGCGUAGACUUGGUCGAGCGACAACCCCUGGACGAAGAAAAUGAGCGCCUGAGGGACAUCGUCGCCUCCCUGCACUCUGCCAUGGCCUUGGAGAGGUCAAAGCGGGACCAAGCUGAGAGGGAAUGCGCGGUUGUUCUGCAAGAGUUUGAGCGACUGGAGCAGCGCCUCCUGGGUGCAGAGGGCUGCCAUCUGCGGGUUCAGGAGCUCGAAGCCGAGCUCGAAGAGAUGCAGCAGCUCAGGAAGUCCAGGGUGUGUCUGAUUGGGGACAUGGAAGACGGCCUGGAGGUGUUACUCAGCAACGGUCCGGAGACAGACACCCCAGAGGACGGUGCAGGGCUGGAGGAGGGAGAUCCAGGCGCUGCAAGGGAGGCCGGCGGACAGCAGGGGGGACCAGUGCGGAAAAGCUGCAGCGACACGGCUCUGAACUCCAUCUCGGCUGUCGCGGGCAGACGGCAGGGCAGUUACGCCCUCCAUGCCAACGGCACCCGCAAGCGGGGCAUGUCCAUCCUGCGGGAGGUGGACGAGCAGUACCACACCCUGCUGGAGAAAUACGAGGAGCUGUUGGGGAAGUGCAGACGCCACGAGGAGAGCCUGUGCCACGCCGAGGUGCAGACCUCCCGGCCCGUGUCUAGAGACCCCUCCAUGAAAGAGUACAGUCUGAUCCCGGUGGAGCCUUCAACCUCCAGGGCUACUGCCACGCCUCCAACGCCGCCUGAAACGCCCUCCACCCCCGAGGCCCUGGAGGGAAUCAGCAGGCAGGUGGAGCAGGUCGACAAGCGGCUCAGCCAGAACACGCCAGAGUAUAAGACGCUCUUCAAGGAGAUCUUCUCACGUCUGCAGAAGUCCAAGAGCGACGUGAGCUCCAAGUCCUCCAAAAGCAGAAAGACUAACAAAUGAAUGCUGUUAAUGCUGCUAAAAAAACACCUACAAUAACUUUUUAGCCUCAGCUUUUAAAGACCCACACUGAUGAAAAUGAUGUUUGUGGUGUUUAUAACAUGUUCUUGAAGCAUUUUCCUCAUGAUGGAGGACACAUAUAAAGAAAAUUAAGCUUAAAAUUCCAUUUCUGAGCAUUUAUUCAAAUUGUUGUGAAUCAGGAGAAUGUAAUGCCGUUUAAAACAAAGAGCGUACCUGUGACGGGGCAAAAGCUCCCUGCUCCGCCCCAUUCACUUCGUUUUCCUCAUCCAAGCUGGCAUCCGGCUCAGAACCACACAACCGGACAGCUCCAAUGUUGCUCGCUGUUAUUGCACCGCUAACGUUCGCUUGGAGGUGAGGGGGGCUGUAAGGUAGCAGGUAGAGCAUGUAAACAGAGAGCUCUCAGCAACAGGGCGUGGUUUCCCCAAGCCAACAGUCCCGCCCACAACUCGUUAGUGAAUUUCGACUGAACUCUGCAGAAACUAUGUCCUGGAAAAAGACACCAGUUCAUUGAUUUUGGCUAAAAAUGGCAUCGUCAUAAUUAAAAGACCACUGGGCAGGCUUUGAAAACAAAAGAUAAUCGGAGGGGGUCAUUAACCACCCUCAGCUUCAAAAGUGAAUCUUUUUGGAGGAAGGACUCAACCUUAUAUUGCUGCCAAAUGUAUUUUUGCCUACAUUACUGAAUCAUUUUGCUGCUUUCCAGCAGAUAAAAUGCUUUCAGAAUUUAAGGCCGGGUGAUGGAGUUGGGAUUUUUGUAAUUCAGUGGAGCCAAAUAUAACAAUUAGCUAACCCUAUUUUAGCACCUUUAACCCUUAAGAACCCAUGGUGACAUCAGUGUAACAGAAAAAUACCAGAAAUGGAUUAUGUGGUCCACAUCGUUUGUGGUCAACUACACGUACUUUUAAGAAAAAAAUGGGUCUGGGUUCUUAUGGGUUAAACGCCAUAAAUAUCUCACUUCUGAUGAUAAUAUUUGGACUUAAAAGUAACCUAAAGGCAUUUUUGCUGAGUGAGCUUCCCCUCAUACACGUUAAGAUCAGUCGAACACUGUGCUGCUGUUAAAAUGGGGCAUUGAAAUGACUUAUAAUAAAUGUACUAAAUUUGUUUCUGUUUAUUAUUUAACUGGUUUGUAUUAAAAAAAAGGACAAACACAUUCCCAGUCUGAACACUUUUAUUGUGAGUGAUAUGUUGGUGAUACAAAUCAAACCCACCAAGACAAAAUAACCAUCGAGCACUAAGGAAGGUCAAGCGGCUCCCAUUCAGGCUUCUGGAGUGUAUAAAAACAAGACAACACUUUCAUGUGGCAGCAUGUGUUAUUGAUCUGCAUCUGGUUGAGGUUUCUUAUAAAAAGUACAUAACAGACCAUGAUUUUCUGAAAUUAAAGAGGCAUGGUCAGAAGGAAUCAUUCACGAGGAAAAGAGAGGACCAGGAAGUGAGAGACAACGCCAUGAUGCCGGAGAUGGUAUCUAACACCUGAAAUAAAGGCUGGCGUCCUGAUUCCCUGUCCACGUGCUGCGAAUGGUGGAAACAGACUCGUGGAAUGUUUUUAAUCUGAAGGCAAACGGCUCAUCUAAGUCCUAACUCUUAAGGCCAUGAGGAUGCAGCUGCACCUAAAGUGAGGAGUAGGAGAAAAGACCCUGGUUCUCUUGCAGAGUUCUGUCUGGCACUCGACUAUUCGGGAAAAAGAUCUGGCCUGAAUCCCAAAUAAUUUAACAAGACCUAAAUCCACGUAAUCUGCUCAAAGGCUUCAGCGAGGCUGGCUCGAAGAGUUGGAUCCAGCAGUGAUUGAACAAAGACCACACAGCCACCGUAGUAUCCAAGGCAGAUUAUGGUAAUUAUACAAAACAAGGUGGACAAAAAAACUGUGGUUUAGGAUACAGCAAGGUCGGAUUGCUUUUAUGAAGCAUAACAAAAAAAAAUCCAGAUUUUUAGGAUGUAAUACUUAUCAGACAGAAGAGGUAAAAGGAGAAAAAAAAUAAAGAUGCACAGGUUGAAGAGGAAAGACCACGAGGGCGAGGAGCUGAUGGACGGACAGAGCAGGAAGCCAAAAAAAAAAGAAAAAAAAGAAGAUGGUUUGAUCCAAGGAAAGGAAA